UCUUCCUUUACUCCUCACGCCACUGGCAAAUGUCAGAACUUGUGUCUUUUAGACAAGGCAAAGCAAGAAUAACGCAGUUUGUUUUUUUCUGUUUGUUUUUCACACGUUUUGCAGCUUCAGCGUCGAUCAUCACAUUAGCAAGAACGACGUAAGCGUUGUUAAUGUUUUUGACUGAUUCUUCAAAUCAGUACUACUAGGUUACUUUCGAUUUCAUUAAACAAAAAUGGUACCGAUAUAAACAUUGGACAGUAUCUGGACUUAAGGAAAAGUGGUGAAAAUAAUGCUCUGCAUUUAUCUCGCACUGUGUGUUUUGCUCCUGCAUGGUGUUUUUGCUGCUGAAACAGACAGAGUGUCAGUGUCUGUGAAUGAGGGAGAUUCAGUCACUCUAAACACUGAUGUUAAAAUAAACCAAAGAGACAGAAUCAAAUGGUUUUUUAAUAACACUCGUAUAGCUCAAAUCAUUGGAGAUAUUAGUAUCUGUACAGAUGUUCAGUGUAAUAAUGAAGGUACCGAGAGAUUCAGAGACAGACUGAAGCUGGAUCAUCAGACUGGAUCUCUGACCAUCAUGAACACCAGAAACACUGACUCUGGAGAUUAUGAACUACAGAUAACCAGCAGCAUCAGCAAUACCGACAGCCUUAAGAUCUUCAGUGUUACUGUUAGUGGAGCUUCAGUAUCAGUGAUGGAGGGAGAUUCAGUCACUCUACACACUGGUGUUACAACAAACCAACAAGACAGAAUUAUGUGGUAUUUCAAUCACACUCGUAUCGCUCAAAUCAUUGGAGAUCUCAGUAAGAUCUGUACAGAUGUUCAGUGUAAUGAAGGUACUGAGAGAUUCAGAGACAGACUGGAGCUGGAUCAUCAGACUGGAUCUCUGACCAUCAUGAACAUCACAAACACCGAUGCUGCGGUUUAUCAUCUAGAGAUCACCAGCCGCAACAGUGAAAAGACCUUCAAUGUAGCUGUUCAUGGUGCUUCUUCUGCUGAACGAGAUGAAGUGAAGACGGUGAAGGAGGGAGAAUCUGUCACUUUAGAUCGUGGUGUAAUGAAAAUCCCAAAUUAUGUGAUCACAUGGUAUUUUAAAGACACUCUCAUCGCUGAAACCACUGAAGAUCAGAGUAAGAUCUGUACAGAUGUUCAGUGUAAUGAUGAUACCGAGAAAUUCAGAGACAGACUGAAGCUGGAUCAUCAGACUGGAUCUCUGACCAUCACAAACAUCAGAAUCACAGAUGAAGGACUCUAUAAACUACAGAUCAGCAGCAGCAGCAGCAGCUUCAGUAUUAGAAGGUUUAAGAGCUUCAGUGUUUCUGUUACAGAUUCAGGUCUGUCUUCAGCUGCUGUAGUAGGAAUAGUUGUUGUUCUUCUGGUGGCUGCUGCUGUAACUGCUGGUGUGAUUUACUGCCGCGAGCGUAAAAGAAGCAACAGGGGGCCGGAAAAUCACAUCCAGGAGAAUGGUGAAUACUCACCUGUUAGUCAGAAUGGGGAUCCUGCUAACAGAACAUCCCAUAAUUUGACUGAGAUUGCUUUUAAGACAUGAAUGUAACAUUUAUUAUUAUUUUGUUACAUUUAUUUAAUGGGUCACUGAAGAGAAGAUGGGUUCUGAGAGGAGGAUCAAACUGCCUGAAACACUCAUGUUAGCCUUAUUAUUUUCAAAAAAGACAGUUAAGCAUUAAACCAGCAAUAAAGUUUUAAGAAAAGCAGCACUUUACCAGCAAUAGAACAGCAAGGCCUAGUUUCAUUGACGGGGCUUGGAUAAAGCCAGGAUUAGACCUUAAUUCAACUUUUAUAAAUGUGCCUUUAGUAAAAAAAACAAAACAAAACAAAAAAAAAAAAACAGGUGUGCAUCUCGAGAUGAAAACAUAUUUGCACUGACAUAUUUUAAGAUAUUUCAGUGCAAGAUGCUUUCAGUUAAAACAGAAACAUGAAUUUUAGUCCGAGACUAGCUUAAGCCUUGUCUGUGAAACCGGGGGAUAGUGUUUGAUGCGUUCCAGUUUGUAGAGAUUUAUUUAAGCUGCUGAAGUGAUCCAGACAGGAACAGUGAGAAAUGUUUUUUUUUUCCCCAUUUGCACUGAUCUGUUUUGACACAUUGGUUAUUUUGUCCCGUCUGUGUACACACUCUUGUAACUGACUGUUCUACCUUUCCAAGAUGGCCAUCAUAAUCAAGCAGUGAAUUAGACUACUAGUAUAGCCACAGAUGAUCUUGUACUGUAAGACACAAGUGCUCUUCACAAAUACUGUUGAGUCUGAAACAAACGACAUGCACAUUUGAUUUUUUUUUUUUUUUAUCAUAAUCUUCAGAUGUUUAUCACUGUUGAAAUGUGCACAAAUGAAACCUUGUUUAUUUGUACUUUUAAGUGAAUCACAAUAGAGUUACAAUGUCUUGCUUAACAUUGUAUUUGUGAUAUUAGCUGUGUAAAUAAUUUUUGCAUUUCAUGUGAGGAGGAAGAAUAUUAUAAUAGAAUGUAGGGGUGUACCGAUUUAUCGCAGUACGAUAUUUCGCAAUGCAAAAAUAUUACGAUAUGCAUCGUAGAGUGAUGGCGAUGCUUUUACGAUAUGACGGCAGUCUAAUCUUAUUGGUUGAGAUGCCAACGUGACCUACUCUGCAAGGUGGGAGUGAGAGAAACCGGUUGUCACCGCAUAUAAAUGGUGUGUCUCAAUCAGCUCUCUAGUUCAGUAAGUGUUUCGGGCACACAUUGAAUCUUGCAAGCAGGUUUAAACGUUUCUCGCGUCAGUCUCUUGCUUGGUCGCGUGAGAAAAGUUGUGGCUUUCCUUUACCGCAGUGCCACAGCAACAGCUGUGCUCACAGAAAAGCAAAAGAUGCUUGCGAUGCUUUGCUUUAAGAAGUUCCGCGGGGCCGUUCACAUAUUGCGUCUUUUCCGCAUGCAAGUCAGUUAUUUCAAAUGUAGCCGGGCGGCAGGCGCGCUCAUAAUGGGAUCAACGCGGUCGCGACGCGCAUCCGGUGCGUUUUCCAGGCGCAUCGAGAUGAACAAUUCUCAACUUUUCAGAAUGCCACAAGCGCACCGCAGGUCGUGUGACAAGAAUCAACCGAUCAGCUAUGGCCUUUCCUAACAAAACAUCAAAAGCUCAGCCGAACAGCUGAUCAUAGCUGUACAGGGUGGUUUUUAUAUAUUAUCUCCAUAAAUAUAUCUAGUAGUAAAGCUAAUGCAAGGGCUAGAAAUCAUUUAUCCUUUGCAGAAACUUCCUGAUCCUCUUCGAGAGUGCAGUUCAUGGUUGCAUAGCAACGACCGAUACCAAUGGAGUGCUUUGGAAAGAAGGAGAAGCGGUGCGGUCGCGCCUUCCACGCGUUUUUAGACGCGAUAUGUGAACGGCCCCUAUUCAUAAUUCUA